GAAAUUGCUGCGACGACUGUGACGUCUGUGACAGGCGUGUUCCAUGUUUCGUACAUGCCAUCGCGGCCUGCGUCUUGCAAGUCAUCCUCACCAUGGCUUUCGGGCACCGACUUCCAGGCGCGACUUGUCCUCUGUCGCCAAUAGUUUUCUUGACUUUGCAACCGCCAUUCCAUACCCUACAUCCUUACCGCCUUACUCUUCCACAAUCAUCCUGGUCACCGUUCUAACGCGUAUUGCUUUGCUACCAAUCGCAACAUGGGGAAAUAACCGCAUGCUUCGCUAUCAACAGCUCGUAAUUCCCGAAGUCGAAAAACGGAAACCAUAUAUCUGGCAGGAAGAGCUGAUCAAGAUGAGAAAGGAAGGCUUUCGCGGUGACAAGGAGGAAACUCGCAAGGUUCUCUCCAAGCGCAUACAGCCCAUCUUCAAAGGUCUUGAAAAACAGCUGUGCAAAGUGUAUCGCUGCCAGAAAAUACCCACCAUGGUCGUACCUCCGCUCUCACAGAUGGCAGUUUUCUUUCCCAUGUCCAUUUUCUUUGGCGGCGUCGCUACCGAUCCGUUUUCUGGCUUCGACGCAGAGUCGUUUAUGACGCUGACCAGCUUGUCGCAUCCUGAUGAAACCCUUACGGUACCCAUCCUCGUUGGCCUCAUUACCAUGGCCAAUGUCGAGUCCAGUACUUGGUUUAUGACGGCAACUGAGAAACAGGCUGUCGCGCAGCGGGAGCAACGGCGGAAGGAUGCAGCCUCGAAAGGGGUCCAUCAUAUCACACCUGCGAACGGUAUCAAACAAGCCUUACGCGUUGUGUCUGUCAUGCGUAUAGUCUUUGCUGCACAGGUAUCAGGCGCCGUUGCCUUGUAUUGGGCAACCUCUUCGUUGUGUGGUCUUUUCCAGACUUGGUUCAUGGAGUCCCUUCGUCGACGCAAACUUGGCCCACCGCCACCUAACGACAAGGCAGUAUAGCAGAACUUUGGAAGGCCAACGCGCUUUAUAAAUGUGAGUCUAGGACCUUACCUUUGGGGAUGAAAAUAAAAGUGGUAUAGAAGGACCCGCUUUCCUGUUUUUCGGAAAGCUGGAGCCUCAUGAGAAUCUCUUGAUCUAAUAUGACCUCUUCUCGUUUUCUUUCUUUGUGAAUGUUCCCUGACACUCUGCCUCAGGCCGUCUACUAUCGUCUUGCACUAGUCUCACUCCUGUCGAGAAGAAAAUCGAGCUCGGAGUGGUAAAGGUGCUGAUGUCAAAUGUGACUAGAAUGAAUAUAAGUAU